GCAAACUCAAAAAAUGAUGAAUGGAUACCACUGAAGUGUCUAAUUAUCCGUACACAAUGUUCAAGCCCCAAGUUCUGGGACAUUUGUGCAUAUGGCGGAGGCGCACUAAUGGAAGGCCGAGGUGAAAUUGAAGGAGGCGAUUUGGACCUAGGUCUCUGCACAUCGUAGGCGGGUUUUCUCCCUGUUCAAUUGUCCGUCUGUAAACGACAUUGCGCGGUUCUGAUAAAAAUCAGUUCCAUUCUUCGACGUGUCUUCAAGCGCGCUCCCGUCAAGCAGUUAGUCGCCUGCACCUGUGUGAGAGGACGAGGAGACACCUUUCAUUUCACCAUUGACAGUUUCCCCCUCAUUAAAUAAUUGUUUACUGAAAUAACCAUACACAUACCAAUUACCCAGUUGAUACACUUUUACUCGAAUAACAACUGUUUUCCUUGCCCUGUCACAACAACAUAGCAGCUAGCUAGUUACUGUAGCAUAGGACGAUCUGAGGAAACCUUUCAGAUUUCUUCAAGUCUUGAUUUCCACGUCUGACUCUGACACCACACUACUAUCUGUUCUAAGCAAAGGUCAGGAACACUCCCUCAGAAAACAUUUCACUAGUGACCAUUCAUGAACAAAUCAGCAGCAUGAUGAAACACACACACAGCUGGUGCCAGACACCCCCCUCAGUCACUGUGAGAAUCAAACCCAACACAGCACACACCCUCCAGAUCAAGAGAGGCCUGAGGCUGAAGAGACCCAACCUGCAAGUGGCCCAGGGGCCUCCGGGCAAGAGUCAACCCAGCCAAAGUCAUGUCGAGGCCGCAAAGGGCAAAAUCAUAUGGGGCCCGACACUUGUCAUUCAACGAGAAGAGAUGGCAGCCUUCUUCAGACUUUUUGAUGACGAUUUGAUACAAGACUUUCUGUGGAUGGACUGCUGUUGCAAAGUCACAGACAAGUACCUUCUAGCCAUGGCGUUUGUCUACUUCAAGAGGGCACGCUUCACUAUUGGCGAGCACAACAGAACAAACUUUUUCAUUGCACUAUACCUAGCCAACACCAUGGAGGAGGACGAGGAGGAGAGCAAGUACGAGAUCUUCCCAUGGGCGCUUGGCAAGACCUGGAGGAAGCACUUCCCUCGCUUUCUCAAGCAGCGGGACAAGCUGUGGGCUCGCAUCGAGUACCGGGCUGCCGUCAGCCGCCGCUGCUGCGAGGAGGUGAUGGCCAUCGUGCCUACCCACUUUAUCUGGCAGCGGGAGCGUGCCGAGCACCACAGCGGCGCUCAGCGUUUCUACAUUGGUGACCGGGAGAAGGUCCACAUGCCCCGUGGGCCCUCCGCCUCCCCCGCCCCCUGUGCCCUCUGCGCCAAGAGCUCCGGCCUGGGCCUCUCUUCCUCCUCGGCCUCUGGAUCCUCAACCUCCCUUACCCCCUCCUCGUCCUCCCCACUACCUUUUGCCCUGGCCCUCUCCCUGGAGACUACGCCACCCAGGUCCCAGGUUUCAUCCUCCCGCAGACCGGGCCAAAGAAAGACUAAGGCCCAGCGCCCCUGCUGCUGCACAGAGGAGGCCCCAAGGAACGAGUCUUAUUGUGGAGCAGGACACGACCCGUCUAUGGACUGGAUCAACGAGGAGUAGAAUAGUACUACAAAAACCAUCUCAGGACUACAUUUCCCAACCCUGGUCCUGUGAAACAUAUAUUUCAUAACAUAUUUAGA